AAAACCAUAAAGCCCCAAACACAAAUAAAUGCUCACUGAGCUUAUUUUUAAAACAUAAGAAAAGACUCCCAAUCCCCACCACAAUACGUCUUUUAUUGUACUAUCCAUAACAUAAUUAUCCCGGUUUUGCUGAGUUCUUAAGGUUUAAUGGACCCUUCUCCUCUGUUUGCUUUGAUCCCUCUCCUCCUCCCUGACGCUUGCUUGACUUGGAAGCACCAUUUUUACGUGGGGAAAGCACAGCCUAAACAAGCCGCAACUUAGAAGUUCCUAUUGCUAUCCAUGGCGGCUUCUUAAACAAGACCUUACGUGCUCCCUUCUUCUUCUCCUCCUCUCCCGCUUGGACAUCUUGGCCCCCAUUCCCACCCAGUUCCUCCUCCCCCUCAGCUACACCUCUCAUAUCUUCAUUUUAUAUUAUUAAUAUAUUAGAUCAUUUUUCUAAAACUAUAUAUUUCAUUAAAUAAUUUAAUUUGGACCAAAAUUGAAUUACCUAAUAAUUUAUUUUAGCUUUGGUAAUUAUUACUACAAAAUAGAAAAAUUACAAAACAAAAAAAAAAUUCAAACGAAUUAUGAACUGUGAACACCCCAACUAGCCUUGUCGAAAAUUCUAUUUAAAGUUAAAAUUCCACAAACUUGUUUUUUUUUUCCUUAUAACGGGAUAUACUUUUUUUUAAAUCUUAAUUAGUUUUUUGGGGACAAAAUCUUAAUAGUUUAUGACAAAAUUAAAAUAGGGAAAAAGUUAACUGACUAAAAUAAAAUAAACCGGAAGAGAACAAAAAGGGAAGCAUAGAUUCGUGUGUCCGGAAGAUUUUCAAGAAUAUAUAAUUCCCAGAUUAUUCACCAAUACCAUAUCUCUAUUAUUUUUUUGGUCAAACAAGGAAACAUACAAAAGUACUAUUUUACCCUAAAACUCGAUAGAAAUUCAAAACAGAGUUGAAAAGGUUCAAUCAUCUAAAGAUCAGUAACCAUAAAUUCAUUGCACCUAAUUUUCUUUUUAAAGGGAAUUUACAGAAGGUCGGAAGGAAAAGAAAAUCUGAGAAAAUGAAAUCAGAUUUCUCGUCCGUUCUUCUUGUUCUUGGGUUGGUGCUGAACAGCUUGGUGCUGUUCUGUAAUGGAGGCAUCACCAGUAAGUUUGUCAGGAAAGUGGAGAAGUCCAUUGAUAUGCCUCUUCAUAGCGAUGUGUUUCGUGUUCAUCCUGGUCAUAAUGCUCCUCAACAGGUGCAUAUAACACAAGGAGAUGUAGAAGGGAAGGCAGUGAUAGUGUCUUGGGUGACACAAGAAGCACCAGGAUCCAACACGGUUCUUUACUGGAAAGAGCAUAGCUCCAAAAAGCACAAAGCCCAUGGCACAACCAACACUUACAAGUUCUACAAUUAUACUUCUGGUUACAUCCAUCACUGCACCAUCAGAAACUUGGAGUAUGACUCCAAGUACUAUUAUGUGGUAGGUGUGGGACAAACAGAGCGCAAGUUUUGGUUCUUCACUCCUCCUAAAGUCGGUCCUGACGUUCCAUAUACGUUCGGUCUUAUUGGGGAUCUUGGACAGACUUUUGACUCAAACAUAACCUUAACACAUUAUGAGAAGAGCCCUAAAAAAGGGCAGGCAGUUUUGUUCGUUGGGGAUCUCUCAUACGCUGAUAAUCAUCCAAAUCACGACAAUAAUAGAUGGGACAGUUGGGGAAGAUUUGCUGAAAGAAGCACAGCUUAUCAGCCCUGGAUUUGGACCACAGGAAACCAUGAACUCGAUUUUGCUCCCGAGAUUGGAGAAAACAAACCUUUUAAGCCAUUCACGCAUAGGUACCGUACUCCUUACCGAGCUUCAGGCAGCACAGAACCAUUCUGGUACUCUAUAAAGAGAGGACCAGCUUACAUAAUCGUGCUAUCUUCUUACUCAGCAUACGGUAAAUACACACCGCAGUACUCGUGGCUCGAAGAGGAGUUCCCAAAGGUUAACAGAUCAGAAACUCCAUGGUUGAUUGUUCUGAACCAUUCGCCGUGGUACAACAGCUACGAUUACCAUUACAUGGAAGGUGAAACAAUGAGAGUGAUGUAUGAGCCGUGGUUCGUCAAGAACAAAGUAGAUGUUGUUUUCUCGGGUCACGUCCACGCCUACGAAAGAUCAGAACGCAUAUCAAACAUAGCAUACACCGUGGUUAACGGCAUUUGCAGUCCAGUAAAAGAUCAAUCUGCUCCUGUCUAUAUCACCAUUGGUGAUGGAGGAAACAUUGAAGGCUUAGCUACCAAAAUGACUGAGCCUCAGCCUAAGUACUCUGCAUACAGAGAAGCUAGCUUUGGACACGCUAUAUUCUCAAUAAAGAACAGGACGCAUGCGCACUAUGGAUGGCACAGGAACCAGGAUGGUUACGCCGUGGAGGCUGACACUAUGUGGUUUUACAACAGGUUCUGGCAUCCUGUUGACGAUUCACCUUCUUUUGAUUCUUGAAAGCCUCAGAAUCUAAUCUGUGUUGUUUGUAUGCAUCAUUUAUGGUUGAAUAAAGAUGAAUAAACGCAGUGUUGUUGAGUUCUUGUUCCUGUCCUUGUGUGAGGGCAAACGUUAAGACAAAAGUGUAGAAGAGAGAUUCUUGGUUAUAAAAAGGAUUAAAAGACA